CUUUAUUUUAAUUGCAAAACUCAUUACAAUUCGUGUUGUGUGAAUUUGGAAUUGCUAGUAUGUACGCUCUUAGUUUGAAUUGGCAUUUCAUUGUGUUGUUAUUGUCGUCAGGUUAAUAAAUUCAUCUAUAAUGUCAGCUGAUUCGCCUCGAAGAUUAUCUCGAAAAGGUAGUACGGGCCAUGUCGUCUGUCGUCCUUCCUCAACCCGUGAGUGACCCUUCCAUUAUUGACAGUGUUGCUGGAUUCAUUCAUGAAGUUAUACCUCAGGCUUACUCAAGUGUUCUGCCAGGCGACUCUAGGGAAAGCGUAGUACGGGCCAGAUUCGAGCAAGCCGAUUAUAACGAUCCAUCACUUUAUCCCGAGGCUGGUGAGGAUUGUGAUUCAACUCCACCUCUGCUAUUGGUGCUCGGUUAUAGCAAUGGCGUACAGGUGUGGAGCAUUGGGUCGAGUGGAGAAGCGGUUGAAGUUCUCUCAUGGAAUCAACGCGUUGUGCGCACACUCCGCUUUCUCCCCUCUCCUCACUCCUCCGCCUACACCACCUCCUCCUCUUCCUCCCCUCUCGGAUCCGUUCGCGCAUAAGCGGCCUCUCAUUGCACUAGUGGACAAUUCGGGCCCUCCGCCCCACUUUUCAACAUGUAGCUUCAUUUCGCUGCAAGCUGGUGAUC